AUGGUGUUUGAUAUCUUCGCCAAAGCCUUAUCCUCCGUCGCAUCCUUUCUCUUCCCUCUCUUCGCCUCCUACAAGGCCCUCAAGACCUCCGACCCGGCGGAACUGACACCAUGGCUCAUGUACUGGGUUGUGCUAGCCUGUGCGCUGCUCGUCGAGAGUUGGUUUGAAUGGAUCUUGAUGUGGAUACCCUUUUACGCCUACCUCCGCCUCCUGUUCCUCCUCUACCUCGUCCUGCCGCAAACCCAGGGCGCCCGCAUCAUCUACCAGACCUACAUCCACCCUUGGCUCCAGGACAACGAGUCGCAGAUCGAGGACUUUAUCGCCUCGGCCCACGACCGCCUCCGGGCCGCCGGCGUCGCCUACCUCAAGCGCGCCAUCGAGCUCGUUAAGACCAACAUCCUGGGCAUGCCCCCGAGCGAGCCCCAGCAGCAGCAGACCAACGCCUCGGCCGCGCCCCAGAGCUACACCCAGUCCCUGCUGGCCCGCUUCAGCCUGCCCAGCGCCCGGUGGCCCUCGGCCGACGCCGCCGGCACCGCGGGCGCCGACUUUUACAACCUGCUCGCCAGCGCCGUCAGCGCCGCUACCAGCGCCGCGGCGACCAGCAGCAGCAGCAGCAGCAACGCAGCCAGGGCGGCGGCGACCACGCGCGGAGAGGCGGUGACGGCCUCGGGCACGCUGAUCCCGCCCACCGUGCGCGAGUCGGAGCGCAUGUCCUUCCUCGCGACGCAGCGCGAGCGCCUGACGACGCUGCUGUUCGCCCUGGACCGCGAAGCGGCGCAGCUGCAGGAGCAACAACAGCAGCAGCAGCAGAGGGGAGACAGCAUGAGCCUCGAUAGGGAAGCUGCGGCGUCCGCCGAGGGCGGCGAUGCGCUGCAGCGCAAGCUCAGCGCGCAGAGCGGCCUGAGCAAGAGCCGCAGCGAGGCCGACUUUGAGAAGAUCGAGGCCGAGAGCGGCGCCGAGGACCUGGACGAGAGCGCGCGGCCCACGCCGUCUGCUGCGGGGGGCAGUGGCUCGUGGAUGCCGUGGGGUUGGGCCGGCGCGGCGGCGCCGGACAAGAAGAAGGACGAGUAG